GGCGCGCUUGUUCGCCUGCCGUCGCCUCCGUGGAGUGGAAGUUUCGUGCCGAGGCCUCGAGCAGCGGCAGUCGCUCACGAGCAGCAGCGGCGGCGGCGGUCGCGUUAGCGGCACACCCCGGGGUUGGUUUGGCGCCGAGACGUUGAGUGAGGCGCGUUCCUGUCGGCGCGAUGCAGGAUACGAUUAAAAUGUGUUUGUGGCAGCUUGUGAUAGCUCUCUUAAUAAAUGGAGCAAGCACCUUCUAUGUACCUGGAGUCGCACCAAUGGAUUAUGCCAAGAACCAGUAUGUGGAAAUAAAGGCUGUAAAAAUGACAAGUUCUCACACCCAGUUGCCCUAUGAAUACUAUUCACUUCCUUUCUGCAAGCCACAGAAAAUAUUGUAUAAAACUGAAAACUUGGGUGAGGUGCUUCGUGGAGACCGGAUUGUUAACACACCUUAUGAAGUGCGCAUGACUGAAAAGAAGGAUUGCAAGGUCUUGUGUGAUAUGCCAAAUGUUCCGGUUAAAUUAACUGUGGAGCAGAGCAAGCUCAUUGCCGAACGCAUCAAAGAAGAAUACUAUGUACACUUAAUUGCGGACAACCUGCCUGUUGCAACAAUCCUUUCUUUUGCUGAAAAAAGUGGUGAUGCUGAAAAGCCAGAACAGUUUGAGCAUGGAUACAGACUUGGCUUCAUGGACAGACAGAAGGUGUACCUUCACAAUCACCUGAACCUGAUUCUGAGCUACCACAAAGAGACUGAGGAUGCCAAGUACAAAGUGGUGCGAUUUGAAGUCAUCCCACAAAGCAUCAAAUUUGAAGCCCUGAAUGCAGAUGACAAAGGAGAUUGCCAGAGUCCAGCAAUAUCAGGUGUAGAAGCUCAAGAGAUUGAUCCCAGCAAGGAAAACAAUGUCCUCUUCUCUUACUCGGUCAAGUGGAAGGAGAGUACAGUGAAAUGGGCAUCCCGAUGGGACACUUAUCUGACCAUGAGCGAUGUGCAAAUCCACUGGUUCUCCAUUGUCAACUCUGUGGUCGUCGUCUUCUUCCUCUCUGGCAUCCUCAGCAUGAUAAUCAUCAGAACUCUACGACGUGACAUUGCAAACUACAACCGGGAAGAUGACAUUGAGGACACUAUGGAGGAGUCUGGCUGGAAGCUUGUGCAUGGAGAUGUCUUCAGGCCUCCACAGUACCCGAUGCUACUCUCUUCACUUCUGGGUUCUGGCAUCCAACUGUUUCUCAUGGUCUUAAUCGUCAUCAUCGUGGCAGGUCUGGGCAUGCUGUCUCCUUCAAGUCGCGGUGCACUUAUGACCACCUCUUGUUUUCUCUUCAUGUUCAUGGGACUAUUUGGAGGAUACUUUUCAGGCCGACUGUAUCGCACGUUGAAAGGACAGCGUUGGAAAAAGGGUGCUUUCUGGACGACCACGAUAUACCCUGCAGUCGUGUUUGGAGUCUGCUUCAUUCUCAACUUCUUCAUCUGGGGAAAGCACUCGUCCGGUGCGGUUCCAUUCAGCACCAUGGUGGCCCUGCUGUGCAUGUGGUUUGGAAUAUCAAUGCCACUCGUCUUUCUUGGCUACUACUUUGGCUUCCGCAAGAAGGGCUAUGAGAAUCCCGUCCGAACAAACCAGAUCCCUCGACAGAUACCAGAGCAGCGCUGGUACAUGAAUAAGUUCAUUGGAAUUCUCAUGGCUGGAAUAUUGCCAUUUGGUGCGGUUUUCAUUGAGCUGUUCUUCAUUUUCAGUGCCAUUUGGGAGAAUCAGUUCUACUACCUCUUUGGAUUCCUGUUCCUUGUGUUCGUCAUCCUGGUGAUCUCCUGCUCCCAGAUCAGCAUCGUCAUGGUGUACUUUCAACUGUGUGCCGAGGAUUACAGAUGGUGGUGGAGGACAUUCAUUGUGUCGGGAGGAUCUGCCUUCUACGUUCUAAUGUAUGCCGUCUUCUACUUUUUCAAUAAGUUGGAGAUUGUGGAGUUUAUUCCGUCGCUCCUGUACUUUGGCUACACUGGACUGAUGAUCGUCACCUUCUGGCUGCUCACCGGAACGAUCGGCUUCAUCGCUGCGUACAUAUUCAUUCGUAAAAUCUACGCGGCCGUCAAGAUAGACUAGUCACAUGCGGCGAGGGAGUCUCGGGGUGUGGUGUGAGGGGUGUGGGGCUGGAGAGGCACAAAUUAUUGGCGUUGGCAUUUCCACUAAACAUGUCAAUAAAAAUGUCUGUUGACAUCCGUGUGCGGUCCAACAAAUGAUUUGUGUACAUUUUAAUAUGGUGGAGACAAUAUCAUGUACAUAGUUGAUGAUAACCUUGGCUAGUUGUUGAUGUAUUGUGGGUUUUAGCCUUUUCUCGGUUUUCAAAGAAUAUGUAAAAAAAAUCUAUUCUUUUAACCAUUUAAUUGAUUUGUUGAAGUCACAUUGCUUUUCAUGUUGCAUUUAGGGUUAUUGAAGGUCAAUUUUCGUUUGCAUUUAAGUGGUAAUGCUUUUUGUCUUUCCAUGGUAAAUUCCUGUGUGAUUCAAAGUGGAACGGUCUUGGGAUAAUUUUUUUCUGAUAUGAGUACUUUACAGUUAAAGUUGUAUGCACAAAUGUAUGAAAAAAUUAACAUAAAUACUUUGAGAAAAUA